GACUGUCCCCAGAGUGGGGAGGGAGGAAAGACGUGGAGCGGGUGCUGCAGGACCCCUGGGCUUUGCGCAGCUGAUGCUUGUCUCCAGCUUCCGGAGGCACAGCCUGUGGUCCUACGGAGCGUCCCGGUGCUUGCACACCUAGCUGAGACCGUGGUUGGUCCUCUCCGGCUAGUUUGAAGUCUCUGCGGCUCGAGGCUCUUGCGGUGGGGGAAAGGAGAGGCCGGUGUGGAGCUCUCGGGAGGUUGGGGCUGACUCAUCUAGAGUCCCCGACUCCCCUGUGAUUGCACUUGGAAACUUUCCGCUGUGUUUCAGUCUCUGUCUCUCUUGGGGAAGCUGGACGGCAGUUCAGCAGGCCAGGUCCCUGGCCAGGACCGCGCACUAGGGGCCAUGGAGUUCACGGCGUCGCCCAAGCCCCAGCUUUCCUCCAGGGCCAACGCCUUCUCCAUCGCCGCGCUGAUGUCGAGCGGCGGCUCCAAAGAGAAGGAAGCUACGGAGAACACUAUCAAACCACUGGAACAAUUUGUCGAGAAGUCGUCCUGCGCUCAGCCCCUGGGCGAGCUGACCAGCCUAGACGCUCACGGGGAGUUUGGUGGCAGCGUCGCGGGCAACAGCAGCCCAUCUUCCUCCUCUCUGUGCACUGAGCCGCUGAUCCCCACCACCCCCAUCAUCCCCAGCGAGGAAAUGGCCAAAAUUGCCUGCAGCCUGGAGACCAAGGAGCUCUGGGACAAAUUCCACGAGCUGGGCACAGAGAUGAUCAUCACCAAGUCUGGCAGGAGGAUGUUUCCUACCAUUCGUGUGUCCUUUUCCGGCGUGGAUUCUGAGGCCAAGUACAUAGUCCUGAUGGACAUCGUCCCUGUGGACAACAAGAGGUACCGCUAUGCCUACCACCGGUCCUCCUGGCUGGUGGCUGGCAAGGCAGACCCUCCGCUGCCAGCCAGGCUGUAUGUACAUCCAGACUCUCCUUUUACUGGUGAGCAGCUACUUAAACAGAUGGUGUCUUUUGAAAAGGUGAAACUCACCAACAAUGAACUGGAUCAACAUGGCCAUAUAAUUUUGAACUCAAUGCAUAAGUACCAGCCACGGGUGCACAUCAUUAAGAAGAAAGACCACACAGCCUCAUUACUUAAUCUGAAGUCUGAAGAAUUCAGAACAUUCAUCUUUCCAGAAACAGUUUUUACGGCGGUCACUGCCUACCAGAAUCAACUGAUAACCAAGCUGAAAAUAGAUAGUAAUCCUUUUGCCAAAGGAUUCCGGGACUCCUCCAGGCUCACUGACAUUGAGAGGGAAAGUGUGGAGAGCCUGAUUCAAAAGCAUUCCUAUGCCCGCUCACCCAUCCGUACCUAUGGAGGAGAAGAGGAUGUGCUGGGGGAUGAGGUUCAGACAACACAAAAUCGAGGAUCAGCCUUUACAACAUCUGAUAAUUUGUCUCUCAGUUCCUGGGUAUCAUCUUCAUCCAGUUUUCCUGGAUUUCAGCACCCACAGUCCCUGACUGCUCUUGGCACCAGCACAGCAUCCAUAGCAACACCCAUUCCUCACCCUAUACAGGGCUCUCUGCCACCAUAUAGCCGACUUGGGAUGCCUCUAACCCCAUCGGCCAUUGCCAGCUCCAUGCAAGGGAGUGGCCCGACAUUCCCCUCAUUCCACAUGCCCCGGUAUCAUCACUACUUUCAGCAGGGGCCCUAUGCUGCUAUCCAAGGACUGCGCCAUUCCUCUGCUGUGAUGACGCCAUUUGUAUGACUCUUCUAAAAAUAGGAGAAUCCAGAUCCAGAAUGUGCAAAUGGGUAUGGAAAUAUAAGACAGGGUUGGGUGGGUGGGAUGUGGGGUGUUGGAGCCGGGGCUCUCCAGGAGACAUGGGACCUAUUAGAGAGGAGAGCUGGACUCACAAUAACACCAACCACUGAGGGAAAGCACCAUGGACCAGGAUUCAUCUGUAGUGGGGGACAUCUUUUGGCUUUGAGAGAGAAUCAGUGUAAAGUUCUUAGCCAGCCUAAGUCCUGCAACUAUUGGAUAUCAAUGUACCAAGAAAGUUUAAUAAUACAAGGCAGAUGAAUCUUAAGAUGCAUUAUUCCUAGUGGUUAAAAAUGCUGUGUCAAUGCAGUAAUGUAUAAAGUCAACAUGUAUAGGUUUUCUUUCUACUUUCCACAGGUUAAAAGAAUCUUCAAAGAGGCAAUACUAUAUAACAUACCACAAUGCAUAAUGACUAACUGAAGUCCAUUUCUCCCUAUAGAAAUGAGAGCCAAUAGAGAAGUAUUUGUAGUGCUGUAGCUUAAGCAUGUUUAGUUUUCCUUUGUGUUAGUUUGCUGGGGAAGGAGCUGAGAUAAUGCUAAUGCAUCCUAAUUUGUGGAUGAAUAGGUGGUAAUGACUUCACAAAGUUCUUUCUGUAAUAUUGAAGGGCCAGUACCUGACAAGUUCUUUUUCACAGUCUUUUCUUUCUUUCUAAUUCUCUUUCUUGCAAUUACUUGCCAUUUAUGUAGGAAAAAUCUUCCAUAUACGAAUAAAACUGAGGUUUUAUUUUUCUGGGCUGCAUUCUAAAUACACUGCUGAUUUAUUCACUGAGGGACACUUUAAAGUCUCUACACCUUGACACAUGAGACUUUCUUUCACUACAAUAAAAAGAUGGUUGCCCUAUUCUAAAAGGAAUUUUUCUGCCGUGGGUACCAAAGCUCCCUUCAUUUUUACUUCAGCUUUGGGAGACUUUAUGGAUGUUAAAAUGCACCAGGCCAAAUUCUCAUUUUCAGUAAAUCUUUGUUGUUUGAUUAGCUGCUGCCACUGACUGACAAAGAUUUAUGAAUGACCAUUCUAAAUGGCCAUAUAGCCACCACUUAACCUUUGGUCACGAAUAGGUAUGUGUCCAUCUAUCUGAUUGGCCCUUUUUUCUCACUGUAUUACACUCAGUAAUUCUACCAUUUUUCUAGGUGCAUGAAAUUGCAUGUUAACUCAAUGACACCCUGACUGAAACAUUGGAAGUGCUUAUAAGUAAAUCUAAAGGAUUUAUCCACUUUAUUUUCAACUCUUGCUAUCUUCUUAAGCCUUCUUUUAAUAUUUAUAAUAGUAAUUAACUAUAUUGUAGUUAUAUAUAAUUUCUGUAUUAUUUUUGAGCCAUAUAUAUCUAAGCAUUUACAAUCAGGGUAGUACAUUUGGCAUUUUGCAACAGUUCAUUUCCCUAAUAACAGAGGUUUAAUGAAAUUUGUAGUCCUUCAAUUUUAGAUAUAAUGCAUUCUUAGCUAUAGAAUUUAACCUGUCUUCUUCACAAAGCUCCCCAAUAUUCUUAAUUUUUAAUGUAAUAUUCAUUCUACUUCAUUCUGACUACAAAAGUAUUGAAUCUGUUCAAGGAGAUGGGAAAUCUUGCUGCUGAGAGUAGAGGUAUAUUUGGAAGUCAAAUGUAAUAUACUUAUCACAUCAAACUCAAGUGGGAUUUUAUUUGGUUGUUUUAAUGCUUUUCCAUAUCAAAUGACUUUCUUGGGCAUUUCCAGCCUGUGAAACAAGGUAUAAUUGGCACAGCCUGUCUAAGUGAUGCUAUUGUUGGACCUUGCAAUUGACUUUCUCCACUGUAUUCCAAGGUUUGGUUAUGAAGAAGCACCAGCUGCGUUAACCAAACAUCUCAAAGUCCUAUGGCAGACACGGUAGGCUUAUUUCUAACUUCUUCCAUGUUAUGCUAUAGUAUCCACAGGUAGUUUGUUUUCAGACACAGCACAGAUGUGCGUUUCUUUAAAAAAGUAGUUAUGCAUAAUGUUUAAAGUACAUAUCCACAGAGCUUAGGAUGGGGAUUUAAUGUUUAAUAGUUGGCCUGUUGUCAGUGCUUUUAAUACAGAGUACUGCUACUUAAAGCAAGAAUAACAAAAGUAAAUACUAUUUUACAUGAUACUACUUAAUACCCUAAUAAAUGACUGGUCUACUAAAACAAAUCCAUAUCUGAAUUUUCUUUUCAACAAGCAUGAAGGGAUCAUUUUAAUACUAUUUUGACAUUUUUCCCAAUUGGUGUGUCUCAAAAGUAGGUUUAUAUAUUUUUGUUAAAUAUGGUUUUAUGCUAGUACGUCCUGAAUUCAUAACUUUAUUUUGUAAUUAAUCAACAUAAGACUAAAAAUAAAUAGCACGCUUAGAGAAGAGCAAAGACUAAGACACCAAAGCAUGCUCUUGGAAAAUCACACCUGAAAUUCUUGGAUACACUUUUUAAGUAUCUGGUAUUAUUUGAACAAGAAAGAAGAAGCACAGGUGAAAUGGAGCUUAACCUGGUCAGUCACUCUAGUCAUGGAAACCAGGGGUAGAUAUAUGACCCCACCAGGGUUCUUCUGAGCUCUUCUGCUUGUUGAUUAUUACUUAACCCCUUGGGUAUUUAACAUUUAAAACUCUAAAGUCUAUUUUACCAAAAACAAUUGCAAGAACUAGAUAACUAGGGACAAAGCCAACUGAAUAAUAAAGAGCAUGAGUUAUGGUAUAUUUGGAAUAAAUUCAGGGUCCCCCCCAGGUAUAUUACAGUAUUAAAAAGCCUGGCUAACGUAUGGUGCUGCUAAAAAGUGGCCCUGCCAGAAUGGCUUUAUCUAACCCAAAAGAAUUAAUUCAUAACUUAGUAGAUUCUACAUAUGUGAUAUGUUUUGAAAAUGUUUAUCAAUAAUUCUGAGUAAGCUCAUUUAUUUCUUUUACUUAGUAAGUCUUCCCCCCUCCUCUGUCCACCCUUGGCAGUAUAAAGAUAAACAUAUCCAGUUUGUAUCCAACACAUUACAAAUUAUUAGGUAACAAGGUCUAUAUUAAUGAAUUUAUAUUACAUUGCUGGUCCUUUUGAGUUUAUAACAAUGGUAUGUUGUCUUAAAGGUCUACCACCAUUUCUAGUAGGUGGGCACAGAGUAGGAGAUAUUAAGACACUUCCUGAUUAUGAUGCAUCAUCUACUAAACACCCUGUGUAAAAGUCACACUGACUUCGUGUCAUAUUCCAAAACCUCCUCUCUCCAUCCUUAUCCACAUCUCUGUAAUUGCACUUCUCCAGCCACAAUGCUCCACCCUGGGGGGACAAAAAGGAAACCCUCUAAAAGCCCAAGAAUAAGUAUUCUUAGAAGCAAAGCAUCUUCAUCCCAUACUGCCUAUGAAUUUUUCAUAGAGAUAUUAGGAUAUUUAUCCCAAUUCUGAAUUUCACAUUAGCUUUUCAGGCUGUCCUGCUUAUAUUUAAGCUGAAUUAUACUAAGAAAACUGAGCUUCAAAUAAGGUAAAUGGAGUGACUUUACCACCUCAUUAAAAACACAGUCAAACUCAAGCCAUGACUCAGUAACUAAAGUUCAAAAAGUCAGUUAUGUAAUGUACAGGAUCAAAUAUGGCAAGAAGAACAAUAUUUUUACUCAAUCUUCCAUUGACCAAGUAAGGAAAACUGUUUUCAUUAUUAAAUGUGUAUGGAAUUGAUAAUUACUACAAACAAAACAAUAUUAUACUAUAAAUUUAGACUGGACAGAAAUGAAGCACUGGACAGAAAAAAUUUUCAGCUGGCUCCUUUAGAGAGCUAGGCUUGGGUGGAGGAUGGAUUUUAUAAAUUUUUAUAUUAUUUCAGAAUGUAAGGAUUUUAUGUAAACAAGCAAAGGGAAGGUUAAAAACUCUUAAAAUUUUAGGAAAUCGUAACAUUCUUUCUUCACUACUAUUCCAUGCCAGUUAUAAAAUAUUCCAAUACUUAGCUUUCUUCAGCAUGCUUAAAUAUGCAAAGGUUCAUUUACAAAUAUUUGAUAGACGAAUAAUCCAUAAGUAUUCUCUGGCCCUUAUUUCUCUGUCUCUCCCUUAGAUAAUUCCAACCUCCUCCCCUGAUAAUAAGAAAAUAAAAACAUUUUGGUGAAAUAGUACAUCUGGACAAAAAAUACAGCUUGUUGUAUUUUACUUCUGGUACAUUAAAAUACUUUAUUUAGUUGUUGUUUUUCUUAGUUUCAGAAACCUAAAAGAAGGUCUUCUAUUUCCUAAAGGAUAAAAUUGGAUCUAGCCUCUUUAGUAGACUCUAUCACAGUUCUAUUGUUUGCUGUGUUCAUUUGCUUAACGAACUGCGUGAGAACAGUCACUGUAAUGAAGUGUGUGUGCUGGGGGUGGUGGGAAGGGCAUGGGAAAUGUUUUAUGAAAAAGAAGUUAUAAGCCUAAUACUAUAAAGUAACAUCUAAUGAAGUUCUUUUUAAGUGCAAUAUAUUUAUUUCUGCUAGAAAUGUAUUAUCAACAUUAUGUAAUAUUUGAAGCAUUACAUGUUAUUUGUAAACAGCUUAAAAAUUAUAUAUUACCCAAAAUUGUACAAAAGUACAAAUGUGUGGAUGUUAAUUUCUU